AUGAUGGGUUCCAAGCUGGAGAAGAACUCCAAGGCGACGCAUAAACGCAUCGCAGAGCAUACCUUCGACACUGAAGAAGGCGAGGAAUACACAGGCUCAGAUUUCGGUGGAUUUUUCGAGUACUUCCGCCGAAAGAAGAUCAAGCUUCAAAAUCUUGAUGCCGACCUCAGGGCGCAAUCUCCAGAUAAGCCACCGAUUUUCAGAGGCAUAGUUGCCUAUGUCAAUGGAUAUACGCAGCCUUCACUGAACGAUUUGCACAAAUUGAUCGUCACUCAUGGGGGCGGCUUCGUGCAGUAUCUUGAUGGAAAGACGUCAGCAACGCAUAUUAUUGCGGCGAACUUGACGCCGAAGAAGGCGAUUGAGUUUCGGAAUUACAGGAUCGUUAAGCCAGCGUGGAUAGUGGAUAGCAUGGCCAAUGGAAAAGUGCUGCCAUGGCAGAGUUAUAAGGUCCUGGAUGAAGGGGUAGGCCAAAAAACGUUGGGGUUUGAAAAGGGGAGGGUUGUGAAUAAAGUGGAAUCCAGACAGAAGGGUUAUAUGGACCAAACGAAGACCAGCUGGUAUAACAGCCAAGUUAAGAAUAUUGCGGAUGAGAUCGACGAUGAGGAGGAGGCAUUGGAUGUUAAAAGUAUAAGGCGGACAAGUGAUGGCAAGACGACAUAUGCACACUCGCAGAGUUCCCAUCAUCAUUCACAACAUCUUAUUCACACCAAACCCAACGAUGACGAAAUCGCAGAUGAGCCUGAUAAUGAACUCAAGUUAUCAAAUACAGAGAGCUUUGAGCUUACAUCCUCAUUAGAAGACGCCCUAAAUGCUGCAGAGUCCAAUAUUGUGGCUUCAGAGUCCACAAAACUCGAAUUCACGAAAGGAUCUUCCUCGGUCGAUGCAGUGGAGCAAAUAUAUGAUGAGACUACUGAAGUCCGCGAAUCAACUAGUGCCUUGUCCUCUCCUCGAGGUCGCAAGAGAUCACGCUCGAUCGAGACUACUCGGGCCAGUAAAGAAGAGAAGCCGGUCACAGCAGAAGAACACAACGCCAUGUUAUUAGCUGACCCGAAAAUCAGACAAUCAUCUACCGCAAAUCCUGAUUUUUUAAAGCAGUUCUACUCAGAAUCAAGGCUUCAUCAUCUGUCUACAUGGAAAGCUGAACUCAAAUCUAAAUUUCAACGGAUGGCCUCUGAACAAACACUAUCCCAAAAGAAUAGGUUGAAACGGAAACCCGGCUCUCGACGGUAUGUGAUGCACGUGGAUUUUGAUAGCUUUUUCUGUGCGGUAUCUCUUCUGAGUGCCCCGGAAUACGACGAUAAACCAGCAGUUGUAGCACAUGGCAGUGGAAGUGGAUCUGAAAUUGCAAGUUGCAAUUACCCUGCACGAGAUUUUGGUGUUAAAAACGGCAUGUGGAUGAAGCAGGCACAGAAGCUAUGUCCAGAUAUAAAGGUUUUGCCGUACGACUUCCCUGCGUACGAAGACGCGAGUAAGAAAUUCUAUGAGGCUAUUCUUAGCAUAGGGGGUGUGGUUCAAAGUGUAAGCAUUGAUGAGGCUUUAAUCGACAUUUCGUCCUUGUGCCUUCCUGCCAGCGAGUGUGGUGGUCUUGGCGGGAGCGAAGAAACCAUACGACUGGAGCAGGAGAAGGCAGAUGAAAUUGGCCAAACAGUCCGCCGUAAGAUCAAAGACGCUACGAACUGUGCAGUCUCUGUUGGUAUUGGGUCCAACAUCCUACUUGCUAAAGUUGCGCUUCGCAAGGCAAAACCUGCGGGCCAAUAUCAGAUCAAGCCAGAGGAAGUUUUGGAUUUUAUUGGCGAGCUUGCGGUUCAAAAUCUACCUGGUGUGGCUUACAGCAUCGGUGGAAAACUCGAAGAAAUUGGCAUCAAGUUUGUCAAAGACGUGCGAAAUUCCACGAAAGAUAGGCUUAUGACCGUUCUGGGACCCAAGACCGGUGAAAAGAUAUGGGAUUAUUCGCGUGGUAUUGACCACACCGAGGUCGGGGAACUAAUUACUCGAAAAUCUGUCUCGGCGGAGGUCAACUGGGGAAUUCGGUUCAUAAAUCAGCCGGAAGCGGAGGAGUUCGUGAAGAACCUCUGUGGAGAAUUACAUAAACGGCUUAUGAACGAGGCAGUCAAAGGGCGACAACUUACCGUUAAAAUUAUGCGGAAGUCAGCAGAUUCUCCUUUAGACCCUGCAAAGCACCUGGGCCACGGCAAAUGCGAUGUUUUCAACAAGAGUGUCGGUUUAGGUGUUGCCACGAAUACAGUCAAAAUCCUCGCAAAAGAAGCAAUCUCAGUCCUCCGUGCCUUUGGCUUUUCUCCUGGGGAGCUGAGAGGACUUGGUGUUCAGAUGACGAAGCUAGAACCGAUAAAGCAUUCAGUGGAUGGUCGGCCUGAUGGCAGCCAAAAAACGCUUUCAUUCCCAAAACCUCCGGUUCCAAGGCCGCCGCGCCAUGAGAUUUUAGAUCCGAUAGAUGAUCCAGAAACACCUCGGAAGUCUAAACCAACACCCAAUCGACCUUGCGCAGAUAUCGAAGACAUCGAUCCUGACAGCCCACUUAAGCCAAGAGAAACACCUGUCCAUCCAGCUGCAGCAAUUACCAGAGCAAAUGCUGCCGAUCCAAGUGCGGUGAAGCCCCUUAACUUGACCGGUACCCAGUUUAUUCUUCCCACUCAGGUUGACCCAGCCGUGUUGGCUGAGUUACCGUCGAAUAUUCGAUCAAGACUACUAGCUCAGACCAAGGGUACUACACCCUCACGGGCUUCUCCGUGGAGCAAUUUGUCAAGGGCAGCUUCGGAGUCACGAUCCAAAGCAGCAACACCAGAGUCAAUCUCAUUGUCGGCUAACUUAGUUCCUUCAACUGCACCUUUUCCGUCUCAGUUGGAUCCAGAAGUCUUUGAAUUACUACCAGAAUAUGUUAAAGCUGAGGUUUUGGCUUCAUAUGGGUCCAUUCAUGGCAACCUGCCUCAACAAAGGGUCGCUUCUCUCUCACCACGCAAGACAGGAAAGUCAAAUUUAGCCAAGAAACCAACGACUCCGACCAAAAAACAUACAAGCUUAUUAGUAAAGAGUCGACAUAACAAGAGCACCUCAAACUCAACACUGGUUCAAUCCAAUUUUUUCACUGGCCGCAAAGCCGAAUCGAGCACACGGCCUGGUGAUAUGACCAACGAUGCAGAUGCCAUUGAUCCAGACUUUCUGGCUGCGAUUCCGAAGGACAUGCGCGAUGAGAUAAUCGCAGAGCACAAGCGAGCGCGCCUUGCCGCCCGAUCUGGUCUUGUCGCACCUAACAAGACCAAGAAGAGACCUCCGGAGCCCCCUCGGGGUCAGCGUAAAUUACAACUACCCCCACGACCUCCAAAGCCAACCUUCACUACGGCAGACAUAUCAGUACUGCCUGAUCUACGGCAGACUAUUAGUCAGUGGUACACUGAGUUCAGAAACGAAGGCCCGCAUGAGGAUGAUGUCAAGGCCAUGGAGCGGUACUUGAGACGGGUGGUGCUUGAUGAGAAAGACAUGGCAAAAGCCGUCUCUGUUGUGAAGUGGAUGGUAUGGCUAAUUUAUGAUUCUGGCGGUGAUGGGUUCCAGACGGAAAUAGGUGAGAAGGGAUGGAGGGAAGCACUAGAUGGAAUAAAGGAACAAAUCCAGCAGGCCGUUUCGGAACGUGGAGUUGGGAGCAUUGACUUCAACUUUUAG